AUGCAAUCAGCGCAAUCCCAGAUCACCUCACCGCAGCCGUCGUCGGGUUCCCCGCGAGCCGCGGCUGAGCAUGUGUCUCUAGAGUCUCCUCGAACGACGUUACUCACUCCGACGAGCGGUUCAGGACUGAAACAGAGAAUUCGGGAGCUCGAAACCAUCAUCGACUCGGAGCUAAAGUCUCUGCAUCGCGAAGUCCAGAUGUACCUCAACCAGAAAGUCGUUCAAACCAGCACGUGCGAGGCGCUUGUGGAGGAUGCAAAGCGAGAUCUCGUGGACUGCCUGGAGCGCUCAAAGAUGGAACUGAAAGAGUUCUUCGUUCAGCAGCGGAGUGAAAACCUGCGUCUCCAUGACCUCGUCAAAACACUGCGCGAUGAGAAUGCGCUGCUGCAACAGACGCAGCUGCAGCUCCAGCACCGCUUGCAGGCCCUCGAGGAAGACGUGGGACAGUGA